CUCUCCAGGUGUAUUUGUUCUUGUGAUUACACAACGUCCUGGUCAGUAUCACAUCCACAGUUUAUAGCUGUUGUAUAUGCAAUAGCAGUUGCUCAGUCGUGAUAAGGCACAUUUGGAUUCGCUGAGACCACUGAGGACGACGGACUUAACCUUCCACUUAAGGAUAUUAUGGACGUAAAUAUCCCAAGUCAAUCAUUUACUGUGGUGCUGUUUCACAACAUUUACACAAUGAAAAGGAAGUCGUGGGAAUUGUCUUCAGGCUUAAAGUCAAGGAAACUGUAGAUGUCACUCAGUCUGUGGAACUCCGUUCUCAUCACGACAAGGGGAUUCAUCACUAGGUGAUUUGUUUGCUGCGUAUCCUGGCAACGGGACCAGGUAGGUGAGAGCAGCAACACAAUGAGGAACCAUGCAGCCAUUCUAUAGCCCAAACAGGAAGUGAGCAGAGGGGGCAAAAGACUCUGAACGGGAGCCACAGCAUUCGCCGACACCCAUGGGCCAUCAGCAUGACACAGUGAAUCUGUUGCCGUGGCAAGUGCAGUUGGUGCCCAGUGUGGAUAUGUGUCACCUGGCCGGACGGGCAAGGAGACUGGUUUGGUGAGGGUUUGAUUCAGAGGCGUUGAUCCAUGGCUUACCUCGCCCACACGAUCCAUCCUCAGUUCGCGGGGCUGUUUGUGGGCAGCGUGGGAUGGAUCCUCACCAUGGUAACCAUCGGACUCAUCCAGUGGAGGGUGUGGGUGGUGGACGACGCGAGCGUCAUCUCCUCCGGGCUGGCGUGGGUGGGCAUCUGGAGGGUCUGCUUCUACAGCCACGUGGUGGUGACCUCGGAACGUGGCGUCAUGUACUGCCAGAAGAUGGGCAUCUCGGACAGCUUCGUUCCCAUGGAGAUCACCGUGGCGCAGGUGCUGAUGCUGGUGGCGUUGGGGCUCGGGCUCCUGGCGAACGCUAGCACACUCUAUGGCCUGAGGAACGUCUUCUUCGGAUGGGACAAGCACGAGCCCAUCCGACUGGCGUUUACAGUGGGGGGCCUUCUUCACCUGCUGUCCAGCCUGUGCUCUCUGGUGCCCCUCUGUCUGAACCUGCGUGCCGUGCUGACCAAUCAAAACAUCAGCUUCCCGGGGAACUUCUACAUGCCCCCCACGCCCACGCAGCAGUAUGUUGGUGAGGCCAUCGGGGUGGGCAUAACCGCUGCCGUCCUGACAGUCACCAGUGGGUUUCUGUUUCUCUGCUACCGGUUCCCGAUCAGAACCCCAUCCAAGGUCCAACCCGCUUGGGCGGAAGCCGGCUGCUCCGACGGCACGGGCAACCCAGCCUACCAGUCUCAGGAGAACAUUGAGUAGUAAGGGAACAUUAUAUUUUUUGUUUCAAAAAUUUCCACGUGAAACUCUGUGGUGCUCUUGGAGAGCUUUCUCUUCACUUCAGAGAAAAAACAUUUCGCACAGUGCUUGUGGAAUCCUUUCCCUUGGAACACAUUGAAUGUUUAACAUGACUGCACUCAGCCAUGAACCAAAUUGAGGUGUUCAAAAUGGAGACAUUUUAGGCAAAAUACUUUGAAUACUUUAAAUGCCUUUGUACACCCUGAAUGUUUUACUGUAAAGCCACGCAGAUAACGCACUUCGUUUACAAUCCUUCGGCUCACCGGCCUGUCCUCUGAGGAUUUUGCAGCUAAUUGGGAUGUGAAAAGCUCUUACUCUUGCAGUAGUCAUCUCCAUGCGGUCUGUGACACAGGGGACUCAUUGAUGGGUAAUCAAAUUUGCCAGGAUAUAUUUGUUUAUGUCCUCCUGCCCUUUUUCCACAGCUACAUUCUACACACAGGAAAUUCAAUUCAAUUCAAUUCAAUUCAAUUUCAUUUAAACAGCGCACAGGAGGACCUGAUUUCUCACACAAGCUAAUGAGUGUGGUCUCAGCUGUUUGUUCUUACUGAGACAGAGACACAGUACAUAGUCAAGGACGGGGGUUAGAGAGUAUAAUGUACUUAGCAGUUAGUUCAUGUCUGACACAACAGGAGAACAGCAACAUUCCGGUCCAUAAAUACUUAAGUGUUUAGUGGCCACUUCAGAAUCAGAAUCAGGUUUUAUUGGCCAAGUAAGUUUGCACAAACAAGGAAUUUGACUUGGUAAAAA